UUUGUGUGAUGCACUUCGAAUGUGACAAAACGACCCAUCCCUUCAACCUCCUUCCUAGUGGUCCUAUUCCAUUAAUACUUUUGAUACCCACCCACCAUCCUUAUCUCUCUCUCUUCUCAAACAAAUCACACCGAUCCCCUCCCACUCUUGCAGCUUCACUGCAACCUCCAUAGCCAUCUUCUUCCUCACCACCAAAAGGAGGAGCGAAAUUUUCAAAUAAUUGAAGAAACAACGGGAAACGGAACAGAGAAAUCAUGACAUCAACAGCUGCUCAAACCCAAACCCCAUCAUCAUCAUCAUCAUCGGCUACAGUAUGGAGCAGAGAUGAAGAGAAGGCUUUUGAGAAUGCAAUCGCUACACACGACAUUAAUAAUCUAGAUACUGGUAUUUCAAGUAAAGAAGAGAAUCGUACAUGGGAAAAGAUUGGUUCUUUAGUACCAACUAAGACAAUUGAAGAACUCAAACGCCACUACCAAACACUACUCGACGACAUCAACGACAUCGAAUCCGGUCGAAUCCCACUUCCUAAUUACAUCGGAGAAGAAAACCCAUCUUCUUCUUCCACUAAAGACUCAUCAUCACAUCACCAUGGCUGCGCCGCCACAACCACCGCCGACAAUAAGAGGUCAUCAAGCGGCGGAUAUGGAGGAGUCUUUUCGGGUAACGAUUCUGGAGGUGGGAAAAGUGGGUCGAAGUCAGAACAGGAAAGAAGGAAAGGAAUUCCAUGGACGGAAGAAGAACACAGGUUGUUUCUUCUUGGAUUGGACAAAUUUGGAAAAGGGGAUUGGAGAAGUAUAUCAAGAAACUUUGUAAUAUCAAGAACUCCAACACAAGUGGCAAGUCAUGCUCAGAAAUAUUUCAUCCGUUUAAACUCCAUGAACAGAGACAGAAGGAGAUCCAGCAUUCAUGACAUUACAAGCGUCAAUGGAGGUGCUGACGUGUCAUCCUCAUCAUCAUCCAUCGGACAACAACAACAGCAGCAGCAACAACCUCCCAUCACCGGUCAGCAUCCACAGCCAAACGGGGGCUUAAUCGGACAACAACAGAGCAUGAUGAUGAAACACAGGCCACCUCAUCAACAUGGGAUGCCAGGUGGCAUGGGUAUGUAUGGUGCACCAAUGGGACAUCCGGUGGCUGCACCGCCAGGUCAUAUGGCAUCGGCUGUGGGGACUCCGGUAAUGAUUCCACCAGGACACCAUCCUCAGUAUAUUAUGCCUGUUGCAUACCCAAUGGCACCACCAAAAAUGCAUCAAUGAGAGAAUCAAGAAUUUCAGUUAGUUCGUGAGGUAACUUUGUAGAAAAAAAGAAGAAGAAGAAGAUGAAUAAAUUAAUUAAUUGAAAUGAAAUGAAAUGACAUAAUGCAUGGGCUGUUCAGUAAAUUCAAUCUGUACUGUCCAUUUUUGUCUCAUUCACAUUCAUGACACCAUUGUUGAAAUGAAUGACAAUCAAUCAUAUGAUUGAUUCCAUUUCCCACAAAUGUCCAACCAUCCUCAAUCAAUCAAUCUGUUUUUCUAGAAAUUUCAUCAAAUUUGCAAAAGUUUUCACUUUCAUCAUAA